AGACGUAUUUGAUUUUGAUGUGUUGAAUUAACUACUAGUUUUAUAAGAUUAAGAGGAGAGAGAGAGAGAUGGGUUCACAUGGGGACGAGGAAUCCCUCUUGGAAGACGCCCUUCUUCAGGAUGAAGGCGGUGGACUUUACACAGGUGACGGCUCAGUUGACAUACAAGGGAAGCCCGUGUUGAAGCGAAAUACUGGAAAUUGGAAAGCAUGUGUCUUCAUUCUAGGUACCGAAUGUUGUGAACGCUUGGCAUUCUAUGGAAUUGCUAUGAAUCUUGUUACAUAUCUUACAAAAAAGCUGCACCAAGGAAACGUUUCUGCAGCAACAAAUUCUACCAUUUGGGGUGGCAGUUGCUAUCUUACUACCCUCAUUGGAGCCUUUUUGGCUGAUACUUAUUGGGGAAGAUACUGGACUAUUGCUGUUUUCUCCAUAAUCUUCUUCGUAGGGAUAUGUACGUUGACCCUCUCGGCAUCAGUUUCGGCACUAAAGCCUCCAGAGUGCUUUGGUUCUGAAUGUGCAUCAGCGACUCCAGCAGAGUACAUGGUAUUUUUCAUUGGACUUUACCUGAUGGCGCUAGGGACUGGUGGGAUCAAACCAUGUGUGUCAUCCUUUGGUGCGGAUCAGUUUGAUGAUACCGAUCCCAGGGAGAGAGUGAAGAAGGGAUCUUUCUUUAAUUGGUUUUACUUCUCUAUAAAUAUUGGCGCUCUAAUUUCAAGUAGUUUGCUGGUCUGGAUUCAAGAUAAUGUUGGGUGGGGUAUAGGAUUUGGCAUUCCUGCAUUGUCUAUGGGACUCGCUAUUGCUAGUUUCUUUGCAGGCACAUCCAUCUAUAGAUUCAAGAAGGCUGGGGGAAGCCCUCUUACAAGGAUGUGCCAAGUUUUGGUUGCGUCACGUCGUAAGUGGAACCUGGAGGUACCUGAAGACAACAGUCUCCUGUUUGAAACACAAGACGAAAGCUCCGCCAUUGAAGGAAGUCGUAAAUUGGAGCACAGUGAUGAACUAAGGUGUCUAGAUAAAGCUGCUAUUAUAACUGCUGCUGAGAUGAACAAUGAGGACUUCUACGAUCCCUGGAGGCUUUGCACUGUAACUCAGGUGGAGGAAUUGAAGAUUUUGAUCCGCUUUGUUCCCAUUUGGGCUACUGGAAUAAUCUUUGCUGCUGUCGCUUCUAAUUUGUCAACAAUGUUUCUCGAACAAGGGAUGAUGAUGGACACAACCAUCGGCUCUUUCACCAUUCCUCCAGCCUCUCUUGCGACUUUCGACAUCAUCAGUGUUAUUAUCUGGGUUCCCGUGUACGAUAGAGUAAUUGUCCCAAUUGCAAGAAAAUUCACAGGCAAGGAAAGGGGCAUCUCGGAUCUGCAACGGAUGGGAAUAGGCCUUUUCCUUUCCAUUCUUAGCAUGUCAGCUGCUGCUGUGGUGGAAAUCAACCGAUUGCAGCUGGCCAAAGAGCUCGAUUUAGUCGAAAAAGAGGUGGCUGUGCCACUUAGUAUCUUAUGGCAAAUACCGCAGUUCUUUUUGUUUGGCGCUGCAGAGAUAUUCACAUUCAUCGGACAACUGCAGUUCUUCUAUGACCAAUCUCCGGAUGCUAUGCGGAGUUUGUGCAGCGCAUUGCCGCUUCUGACAAAUUCACUAGGGAACUAUCUAUGCUCAUUGGUUCUGACCAUUGUAACUUACAUCACAACAGUUGGUGGGAAAACUGGAUGGAUACCAGACAACAUCAAUGAAGGUCAUCUUGAUUAUUUUUUCUGGCUUUGGGCUGGACUAAGCUUCCUAAACAUGUUUGUCUACAUAGCAUGUGCCAAAAAGUACAAGCAGAAGAAGGAUUCUUAAAGGUUGGUUAAAGAAUGCAUCAUUUCA